AUGGUGGAGGAUAGAAACCAAAUGGAAUUGAACGUUGUUUCCUCUCAGAACGAAAUAAAUAAUAGCGGUGGUGCAACCACUGCACAAACCAGUAAAGUAGACGACGGUGCCGAAAAACUACAUGAUAACAAAGUGGUAGAACAAUCAUCACAACAACAACAACAACAACAGGAGCAUGAACAACCAAAUUCAUCAAAUACAACUAAUGAUGAUGUAACGACUACCAACACUAAUAGUAAUAGUAAUAGUAGUAGCGACGAAAGCAAUCAUUUAAAGCUUGACGAUGAAUCUUCGAUCUCUGGAAGCAACAAGCGAAAGGAGGGAAGUGUUGGCGAUGUCGUCGAUCACGAACAUAAUAUUGUGCACAGUGGAUCGGCAGGAUCAGAUAACGAGGCACCCGAGGAAGCAGCGAAAUCCAUGAAAUCAGAGAUCAAUUCUGAGACAGUAUUAUAUAACAAUGCCACCAGCAACAGUGGUGCACCAGGCAGCAGCAGCAACAACAAACACAAUUCAUCAACAGAGAAACUUGGUAAUUCCAGUUCCUCUUUCUCACCUAUGGUCGGUGCAGACGGCACUCCAUACAUAACCACCACCACCACAACAACAACAACCACCACAACCAACAACAACCACAGCGAAUUCAGAAACAGCAGUGACACAGUCGACCUUUCAUAUACAGAUUCACCCACCAAAUCAAAAUUAUCAAUGAGUCAGAAAUUGGAUAAAAACAAAUUGAAAUUGAAAUCCGAAAGAAGAUUGUCAUAUAGACCAAAAAGUUCGAAAUAUGAACACAAGAAAAAUGUACUCGGUGAAAUUAUAUAUAAGGGUCAUCCAUCGUGGGAGUUGAUGUUGAACAUUCAGAUUGGAAUUAGAAAUGCAGUCGGUAAGAGUAUGGGAUCGGUGUCUGGCACCUCCAAUGUACCGCACCAAUUCCACACACUUCGUACACCCAAGGACUUUAAGAACCGUUCCGACUUUUAUCAGUCGCCAAAAGAGCUGAGAUUCGACACUGCCGGUUCACAACUGACAGAGGCACACUCGACCGGACCAUUCAAAUUCAAAGACUACUGUCCUGUGGCAUUCCGUUACCUCAGAUACCAGUUUGGUAUUGAUCAAGCCGACUUUUUAGUGUCACUAUGUAACACACAGAAGAACGGUGAGAACGCACUACGUGAACUACCAACUCCCGGUAAGAGUGGUUCACUCUUUUUCUUUUCACACGACAUGAAAUUCAUUAUCAAAACAAUUCCAAAGGAUGAAGCCAAAUUACUUAGAUCAUUAUUACCUGCAUACACAGAGCAUUUGACAUCAAAUCCAAAUACAUUGUUGCCAAGAUUCUUUGGAUUGUUUAGAGUUAAACCACAUGGUGGAAGACAUGUUAGAUUUGUGGUUAUGGGUAAUAACUUCCCCACCAGAAAGAAGAUACAUGAGAGAUAUGACUUGAAGGGUUCAAUCGUUGGUAGAGAAGCCUCUGACAAUGAGAAGAAGUCAGAAACCGUUACAUUUAAAGAUAUCGAUUUUAGAAAUAGAAAAAAGAAAAUAUUUAUUGGUCCACAAAAAAGAGUUGCUUUCUUGGAUCAAAUUAAGAAAGAUUGUGCUUUAUUGGAAUCAUUAAAUAUUAUGGAUUAUUCAUUACUGAUCGGUAUUCACUAUGCAAAUAGAGAUCCACCGUCACCAUCGUUGAUGAGACACACAUUGAAUGAGAGUAUGGAUGAUGCUUCACCACUGAUGAACCGUUCAAUGAAGAACUUUGAGCAAUCGAUGACCGACAUGAACGAGGUUUACACCGCAUUCCAACAGGACGAAGGUGGAUUGAAAGGUGUUGGUGAAGAUGGUCAACUCAACGACGAGCACUAUUUCAUGGGUAUUAUCGAUAUUCUAAUGUUGUACAGUUUAAGAAAGAAAGUUGAACACACCUAUAAAUCUUUAAAGUUUGGUGGUGAUGCUAAACAUGAAAUAUCAUCAGUUUCACCACAAGAAUACUCUAAAAGAUUCCAAGACUUUUUGGCAACUAUAAUUGUAUAA